AUGGCCCUCGAACCAUACACUGGGCUACCUCCGAUUUUACCCCUAAGAUUUCCUUUCGGCUUCGGAAAAGAUGUCACGGGUGGUGAAAGACCUAACAAAACAAACACCUACCUCGUUGAGAACAUGCUAGACCUUCGUACUGUGCUCUCGAUGACUGGCCCCCGAACUGUCUACGUUAAAGGUGAAAUAUUUGGAAACCAGGUCAAUGAAACAUAUUCUGCGGAUUGCCAAUGGUACAUCGAAAACAGUAACGUCAAGCAAUUCAACUUUACGCUUUAUGUACAGAGUUUAAACGCUACGUACGUAGCCGAAGUAAAGGCCGCCGCCGCCGCCAACGGGAUAAUAGACGGCCGAAAUGCAACAGAACUAGCCGUUCUUCUCCCAAGAAUGAAUGGCUGGCGUGGGACCGCUCAAAACAGUCAAAAGGGUUAUGAGACAAUCAAUGUCAAGGGGAACCUCACGCUCAUUGGGUGGGACAGAGACGCUUAUCUUCGCGGGGUUGGCUUGAUAUUUAACGUUCAGUCCAAUGUUAUCAUUCGAAACUUACGGAUGAGCUCUCCACAGGACUGUUUCCCAGCUCCCGAAACCUACCCUGGCUCGUGGAACGCAAGAUAUGAUGCAGUAUCAGCCGUUACAACGACUAGGAUGUGGUUAGAUGGUAAUAUCUUUGAAGACGGCCCAAGUUUUGUCUCUCCAGACCCAUUUCUCAAUGGUUGGCUAGUCGACCGCUAUGACGGUCUCUUUGAUGUCGAAGAUGGAUCUGAUAAUAUCACGUUCUCCCAUAAUAUCGUGGCAAAUCAUCACAAAAGCUUACUCUGGGGUGGCGGCGAGAAGGAAGGGCCCCGUGAUAUUGGAAAAAUGCAUUUUACCGUCUUUGGAAACCACUUUCAAAAUUCAAUGUCCCGUAACCCGUUGAUGAGAUUUGGCACAUUUUACAUCGUCAACAAUCUCUUCGAAAACUACAAUAACAAAAAGCCUAUUUUCACAAAGGCCGCAAAGAAAGCACGCCACCGAAGAGAUGAUUACUUGCCUUCUUUCGAAUAUAAUAUGGGAAUCUACAAUAUGUCCAACGUUCUGGUAUCCGGCAAUGCUUUUCGUCAAACCGGCACAUAUCCGAAUGAUACUAGCCGUAUUUUUACUUUCAAUAACCUUCUUACACCAAGUACGCCAGCUCACUUUUGUAGCCCGCCCGACCUUUCUGUAGCACAAUUAAUUAAGCCAGACGGCCUUCGACUAAUAAAUCUCGCUAUACCAAAAAGCAAAUUUAAUGGCGAUAAGAUCAAUCUGGCUGACAAUGUAUCGGAUUUAUUGGAAUACCGUCUAUCCACGAAAUCGAGUAGUGUUGUAGAAGACGGAUUGCUUAUUCAAGAUUGCAGCGGAUUCAAACCACAGCUGAUGCCGCUUUUAUUUACUGAUGCAAGUCAGGUUGAAAGUUAUGUAAGGCGUAGCGCAGGACAAUUCGGCCGGAAUACAGCGUAG